AUCUGUGACUUCCGCCGCUCUGGGCAUUGUGACUCACUGACCGUCUCGGGCGCGAACGGCCCCGCCCUCCCUCCAGCUGAUGUGCGGGAAACGGAACAGGAGAGAGCACAGUACUGGCCGGGAUCGCCAGGAGGAGUCACGUGACGGAGCGAGGUGCCCGGGCUCCUUCUCAGGGAAAAAGCGAGCGGCUCUUCUCUGGUGAUCUUCCUCUACUGCUCCAGCCAGGAUGUCGGGCAAGGACAGAAUCGAGAUCUUCCCUUCACGGAUGGCGCAGACCAUCAUGAAGGCUCGUUUGAAAGGAGCCCAGACAGGCCGCAACCUUUUAAAGAAAAAAUCUGAUGCUCUGACUUUGCGAUUCCGACAGAUUCUGAAGAAAAUUAUUGAGACAAAAAUGUUGAUGGGUGAGGUGAUGAGAGAAGCUGCUUUUUCACUUGCUGAGGCCAAGUUCACAGCUGGAGACUUCAGUACUACUGUGAUUCAGAAUGUAAACAAAGCUCAGGUCAAAAUCAGAGCCAAGAAAGAUAAUGUAGCAGGUGUGACCCUGCCAGUUUUUGAGCAUUACCAAGAAGGAGGGGACAGUUACGAGCUCACUGGUUUGGCCAGAGGUGGGGAACAGCUGGCCAAAUUGAAAAGGAACUAUGCCAAAGCGGUUGAACUCCUUGUAGAAUUGGCUUCCCUUCAGACCUCAUUUGUUACACUGGAUGAAGCUAUCAAGAUAACAAACAGGCGUGUGAAUGCGAUUGAACAUGUGAUUAUUCCGAGGAUUGAACGUACACUGUCUUACAUCAUAACCGAGUUGGAUGAACGAGAGCGUGAAGAGUUCUAUCGGUUAAAGAAGAUCCAAGAGAAAAAAAAGGUGCUGAAAGAGAAGAAUGAGAAACAACAAGCAUUACGGAAGGCUGCUGGACAGCAAGAACCUGCUAAUUUGCUUGCAGAAGACAAAGACGAGGAUCUUCUCUUUGAAUAGCUUCAUACACAUUUCAAUGUGUGACUGAAAGCAGCGCCUUUGAGAUACAGAUAUCAUGGUGGUUAUUUAUGUUGUGGUCCUCAUUUGCUAUAUUAACCCGAAAUAUCCACUCAUCACUCUGGAUUAUUUUGGGAAUUUUUCUGUGGUGGAAAACAGCCUCAUGUUUAAUAAUUAAAUAGACGCAUGGAUUAGAAAAAAAAAUCCAGCUCUGUUUUCCUGUUUUUCAUUUCAUUCCUUUCACAAAGAAUGGGUAUCUUUGCUUCUGCUGUGCUUAGCUACACAUAGAUUGCCAUUUCUUGUUUUACUGAAUACUGCCAAAUUUUGUGAGCAGAAGUUUGUUUUAAACUGCUUCAUUAAAAUGAUUGUACCAAUGUUGCAGAUUUUGAAAUGAAUAGCUUUUUCUCCAGAAUCUGAUUAAGAAAAAGACUGUACCUGUAUAUUCAUUGUAAUCUGCUUUCCUCACAGCUUAAAAGGAAAGUCACUUCCUUGUAUCUGUCAACUAAUGUGUAGUGUAAAAUCAGUAAAGAAAUUGUAUACAGUCAGGCUACUUAUUGACAAUAUACAUUAAAUCUUCAAUAUCAAGGUGCAGGAA